CCAGGAUAAAAAGAGCUUGGAUGAGUUGAUGCCUCACACACUGAACAGUCCGGACAAGAUGAAAGGUCUUUGGUUUCUGCUGGCGCUUGUGGCUGUGGCCAAGGCUGAGAAGAGCUUCACUGGCGACCAGGUGGUCCGAGUUGAUGUGCAGUCAGAGGAGCAGCUCAAGCUACUGCAGGUUCUGGAAUCUGAAGAAAAAUGGAAUCUGGACUUCUGGCUCCACCCAGUCUCCACUGAGCUCCCUGUAGAUGUCCUAGUGCCCCACACCCAUCUUGCUGCUGUGAAGGAGUACCUGCAGGCCCACAACAUCCCUUUCACGGUCAUGAUUGAUAACCUUCAGGAACUUCUCGAUCAGGAGAAAGCUGAGAUGAAGGAGAACCAUCUCAGGGAGCACAGCACCAGGAGUUUCAACUUUGGAGCCUAUCAUCGUCUUGAGACAAUCUACAGCUGGAUGGACACGUUUGUGGCUCAGCACUCAAACCUGGUGACUAAGCUGGAUAUUGGCAGAUCUUAUGAGAACAGGCCCAUGUACGUCCUCAAGUUCAGCACCGGAGGCACCAAGCGCCCUGCCAUCUGGAUAGACUUAGGCAUCCACUCCAGAGAGUGGGUGUCUCAAGCCACAGGAGUGUGGACAGCCAACAAGAUUGCCACUGAUUAUGGUACUGAUGCAUCUUUGACUUCCCUUCUGAACACCAUGGAUAUUUACAUGCUUAUUGUGGCCAACCCUGAUGGUUAUGUUGUCACACACACCAAUAAUCGGAUGUGGCGUAAGACCCGUUCUAAGAACUCCGGCUAUGCGUGUCUUGGAGUCGAUCCGAACAGGAACUGGAAUGCAGGAUUUGGUGGCCCUGGUGCCAGUAGCUACCCCUGUUCCGAGUCGUACCACGGCCCCUCUGCUCACUCUGAGAUCGAGGUGAAGAACAUGGUGAACCUGAUCCAGAGCCAUGGCAACUUCAAGUCCUUCAUCUCUGUGCACUCCUACUCCCAGCUGCUCAUGUACCCCUACGGUUACACAUGCAGGGGUGCUCCCCAUCAGGCUGAGCUGGACUCUGUUGCCAAAGCUGCAGUGCAGAAACUCAGCUCCCUCUACGGCACCUCGUACAAGGUUGGAAGCAUCUGCAACAUCAUCUAUCAAGCCAGUGGUGGGAGCAUUGACUGGUCCUACGAUGCGGGCAUCAAAUACUCUUUUGCCUUUGAGCUGAGGGAUACAGGUCGCUAUGGCUUCAUCCUGCCAGCUGAUCAGAUCAUCCCCACUGCCUCAGAGACUUGGUUGGCCCUGAAGCACAUCAUGGAAUACGUCCGUGACCACCCCUAUUAGUGGCUGAAGGUCACAUGUUAAAAAUCAACUAACUUUUCUCUAAGAUUUUGAGACCAAUAAAGCUACUUUUGCCUCACCCUC